AUGCCUAUUACAAAUGGCACUGUGUUUAUGCCCUCUGUGCUGACUUUUAUUGGAAUCCCUGGCCUAGAAACUGUACAGUGUUGGAUUGGGAUUCCAUUCUGUGCUAUGUACAUCAUGGCUUUGAUGGGAAAUUCUCUCCUUUUGAUCAUCAUCAAAUCUGAACCCAGUCUCCAUGAGCCUAUGUAUAUCUUCCUGGCCAUGUUGGGAGCCACUGACAUUGCACUUAGCACCAGCAUUGUCCCCAAGAUGCUUGGAAUUUUUUGGUUCCGCUUGCCAGACAUCCGUUUUGAUGCUUGCCUCUUUCAGAUGUGGCUCAUCCACACAUUUCAGGGUAUUGAAUCAGGAGUCCUGCUGGCCAUGGCCCUGGACCGCUUUGUAGCAAUCUGUUAUCCUCUGAGGCAUGCUACCAUAUUCACUCAACAACUAGUCACAAACAUUGCACUUGGAGUGACGCUGCGGCCAGCCAUCCUGGUAAUCCCAUGCCUACUGCUCAUAAAGUGCCGUCUCAAACAUUACAGAACCAAGCUAAUUCCCCACACUUACUGUGAACACAUGGCCCUAGUGAAGCUUGCCACUGAAGCCGUUUACAUCAAUAAAUUCUAUGGACUUGUUGGAGCAUUUAUUGUUGGUGGCCUUGACCUCAUUUUGAUCACCCUCUCCUACACACAAAUAUUUAUUACUGUCUUCCACCUGCCCCAGAAAGAGGAGCGUCUUAAGGCAUUUAACACAUGUAUUCCCCACAUAUGUGUCUUCUUCCAAUUCUAUCUCCUUGCUUUUUUCUCCUUUUUUACUCACAGGUUUGCAACAUAUAUCCCAUCAUAUAUACAUAUCACCUUGUCCAGCCUUUACCUCCUGGUUCCACCUUUCCUCAAUCCAUUUGUCUACGGGGUGAAGACCAAGUACAUCCGCGAUAAGGCAGUAAAAAUGUUGUGUUCCUAA